AAUGAAUGUAAAUGAUCGACGGAUUUAUUGUUCUUGGAUUUUUUUCUUCUUCAUCUUCUUUUUAUGCUUCUCUUUUGGAAUCGAACCAUAUAGUCUGUACAAGAGUGAAAGGUGUUCUUAAGAGAGUGCUGAUUUCAAACAUCCACUCGGGACACACUGAAGAAAGACCACAAGGCAAAGUGACUAUUAAACCUGAUCAACAUGUAUUCAGAGGAGAGACAGUCACUCUCAGAUGUGACAUUGAUGGUGAAGGAGUCACUAGUUGGCAGUACAGCUGGUAUAAAGAUGGUUCAGCCAGUGUUUCCAGUAAACUACAGGAACACACAUUUUGGUUUGUCAGUAAGUCUGAUGCAGGUAAAUACUCCUGUUAUGGAGCAGAGAGAGGAGGAUCACGCAGAUCACAACACAGUGAUGAAGUUACACUGACAGUAUCAGAUAGAGCCCAGGCAGUUUUAAGUGUUUCUCCACAGAAGUGGUUGACUGAAGGAGAUCCAGUGACUCUGAUCUGUGAGGUUAAUGGUUCCUCUACAGGCUGGACAUUCAGCUGGUACACUGAAACAGUUUUAUCAGCUGCUCUCAGACAGCAGCAGAGGAGCUGGAGGAAACUACACUGUCAGUUCUGCUGCUCUAAAACACACAGGAGUUUAUGUGUGUGGAGCAGAGAGAGGAGAACCAGCCUAUUACACAGCCUUCAGCAACACACAGUUAAUAUGGGUCACUGGUGUUUCUCCUCCAGUGUCUCUGAUCAUCAGUCCCAACAGAACUCAACACUUCACAUCUGUCUCUCUCUCUCUGAGCUGUGAGGACCAGAGUAUCUCUGAUAGAUGGACAGUGAGAAGAUACACAGACAGAUGGUGGCUAAAAGAUUGUUCAUCAUCAGUGUGGGGAUCACAAACAGGAUCUACAUGUACAAUCAACUCCA